UCCAACUACACAAAAAUAGCUGAUCAGCAACAACAAAACAUAUCACAAAAUAUAUUCGCACUGGUUUGUGUAUAAAAACAACAAAGAAAAAAUCUAACAUUUUAUUAAAAUUGUGCGCUGGUGAAAAAGAGAAAUGCAGCACGUCGAUGUGAAAUGUAUGCUCACGUGAAAAAUUAACAAAAAAAAAAACAAAACAAAAAAAUAUGUGUGUAUAAUCUAAUUAUGCCAUCAAAAAUCGCGGCACACACACAUGUAUGUCAAAGACAAAUAUGUACAAUAAAUGAAUGAUAAUAAAAUGAAAUGAAAAAAAUAUUUAUUAAAACAUCAAACGCACAAUAAUCUCAUUAUCUGCGUAUGUGGGCGCCUGCAUAACAUAAAAUCCAUGCAAAAUGUUCGGUUGCAUCUACCAAUUAUGGGACUGGUUGGACGCGCCACCGCUCUUCAACGGUGCCACCAUGGACGCGAAAAAGCUGCAGCAACUGCAGCAAGCGAACGCCCAAAAGAAACUGCCACUCGCAUAUCAAACGAACCUCGUCGACUAUCGCGCCGCCACACAUUCACCCGUUUUUCAGCAACACCAGGCAGCUGGCAUGAGCGCCUACCAUGUCGGCGGCGGCGGCGGAGGCGGCGGUGUUAGCGGCAGUGGCUACCAGCAAAGCCCCACGGCCACCUCCUCGAGUGGUGGUCCACUUACGCCAAUCGAUAUGCAACCGCAACCAAAUAAAAUGCUGCUCAAGCACUUGGCUGGAAGUGGCGGCAAUACCUCGAGCAGCUCACAUAGCUCGCCAUAUCACCAGUCGUCGUACAACAGCGGCGGCGAACAGCUAUAUCAGUCGCCAACGGAACGCACCUACCUGACCGCGGCGGGCCGCCUGCAGGCAACUUCAUCGCUUAAUCCUGCCACGGCGCUACAGCAACAAUAUCAACAGCUACAGCAGGCCAAGCUGCAGGCGCAGAUGCAAACACAGAACGAGGCUGUGCAGCAGCAGCAACGCACAUUCGCCAUGCGACAGGCAUUGAACCCGCCAGUGCCGCAAGGACACUUCCACAUGAGUCAGUCGUCGAGCGUCAUGUCUUCGAUGACCACACAGCAGCAGCAGCAGCAGCAACAAAGCGCCGCAUCAGCGCAUGGCCGCGCGCCACCCUCCACCCUGAAUUUAAACAGUCCAUUCCAGCCAGCGGGCGGCCCACUGAAGGUCAAUCAAAAACAGCAACCGCAGCAUUAUCAUUCACAGGAUCAGCAACAAAUCUACGCACAACAACAACAGCAACAUCAACAUCAACAGCAGCAUCAAAUACAAAUGCAGCUGCAACAUCAACAGCAGUUGCAGCAGCAGCACGUCCUUCAGCAACAGCAGCGUCUGAAGUCCGAACAGCAGACGCCAGGCAACGAACAGAGUCCGGUGUACAUACAGCAAAAUCAUCCUGGUCACGUCGUUAAUCAGGCCUGUCAAACACAAAUAUCUGCAGUAAAGGGCGGCGCUGUGGUUCAAAAGACAACUCCUAGUUCGGAGGAUUCGUCCGGCAAGAGUCCCUCGCACGCGCCACUGGAUCGCAAGAAAAGUAUUGGCUCAAUGCAGGCGCUUAAGUCACCCAUCACCAAGCGUCCGCCUUCCUCGCCUGUUACCCUUUCCGGUUGGCUCUAUAAGCAGGGCUCGGAUGGGCUGAAGGUGUGGCGAAAACGCUGGUUUGUGCUUGCCGAAUAUUGUCUCUACUACUACAAAGGUCCCGAGGAGGAGAAGUUGCUCGGCUCCAUACUCUUGCCGUCGUACAAAGUGUCCGCCUGCUUGCCAGAAGACAAAAUCUAUCGAAAGUAUGCCUUUAAGUGCGAACACCAAAACAUGCGUACCUACUGGCUAGCCGCUGAGACGGGCGAGGCGAUGGUGCAAUGGGUGCGUGCGCUCACCGCCGCCACAACAAUGCAGGCUCCCAACAGCGGCGAGUCGGAUCAGCCAAGCGGCUCCUCGUCACUCAAUCACAGCGGCGAAAAUUCCGACUCUGGCAUUCAUACGCUCCAGUCGCAGCAGAGCAAGAUGAGCCUGAAUCAGGGUCAGGUGACGCCCGCAUCCGAGCAUGCCAACGCAAACUCGGCAUCGAGCAGCAACAGCGGCGGCGGCGCCAACGGCGGUGGUGGUGGCGCACAACCUCUGUACGCUAACGCGCCCCCCAAACCACGACGCAUCAAUGACGGCGGCUAUUCCUCGCCUAGUCCCGAACACUCAAUUGACAACGAACGAAAAUCACACCAUCAACAACAGCAAACUGGACGACAUGGUGGUGUUAUGUCGCCAACGCUGCAACAGAUGCAACAACAGCAGCAGCACUAUCAACAACAGACACGCGUGCCACAGCAACCACAACAGCAUCAUGCCAUCUACGACACACGCACCGGCAAUGUUUCUUCCGCUUUGCGGCUACAACAAGCACAACAACAAUACUCCGUAGACCAGUUGGAGGCGCAAUUGCAGCAACAAAUGAGCUUGUCCCCAGAAGAUUACCCUAAAUCACCGCCACCGCCGGCCACACACUCCAAUUAUAUGGAUAUCGAGGAGCAAAUGUUGCGCAUGCAACAGCAACAACGAACUAGUGAGGAGAUUUAUGGCGAGCGCGAGCUUUACAUGCAGAAGCUGAUGCAGCAACGUUAUCCGCCACACUUGACGCUCUAUCCGAAUGCGGAGCGGCGCACACCGGACGCGUAUGGACGUUCGAAAAAUCGCAUCUUCUCCGAUUAUGAAGACAUUUACAAUUUGACGCAGGCUGGCAUGCCUACUUCGGCACAGGAGGCGCUGCUGCAGGAAGCAGCCAGCUACCGUAGACCGCUAAGUCCGCCCAGUUACGAUGGCAGUAAACAUGUGCCAGCUAUGCCGAUGCGAUAUACGCCCAAUCAUAUGGAGUCGGCAUCCGCACAACAACAACUCACCGCUAGCAACAGCAAUUUACGCACACGUCCUACCGCCGCUAUAGCGCGUCCCCAUUCAGCAGACUUUUUGGAAUACGAAGCGCGCGCCGAAUCAGCAGCAGCAGCAGCAGCUGCAGCCUUAGGCUCUGGUAAUCAAACAGGCGCUAUAAAACCGGAUGCAUUGCGCGCGCCACGCCCAAAAUCAUCGUUGGAUAUCAAUCGCACACCAGAUAGCUUCUACUACUCGGAGGCGAGCUACGCGGAGAAAAUGCGCAAAAGUGCGCUCUAUUUGCAGCAUCCACAGUCUGGUGGCAACGCAGCGAGUGCACAGCCGCAGCAAGCUGGCGGAUAUCGCACCGCCAACGAUUUCCUUAGCGGCGCGGGCAGCGGUAUGCAUACAAUCGGCUAUGAAAAUCCCUACGAACGCGCCUUUAAGCGCGGCGAGCAGUUACACGACGGCCAAGGUGCCGCCAGCAUGCCGCGCAUGAGCCGCAGCAAUACAACGACCACUAUGAAUACAAGCGGCUUGGCGCAUCUGCGAUCGCAAUCAAUGCAUCCGCAAUCGCAGGCGUUGCUCUCGCCACAGUCCCAGCAGAAGCAGCAGCCACCUCCGCCGCAAAAGCCUGUCUAUACGCCAACCAUGUCGACGCAGCAGAUCAUCCAGCAAAGCGAGCAAUUCUUGCGCUCGGCAAGUGCACGCCUGCCCAAGCGCAGCGGCGGUUUCGAUGAUGACUACAACAGCGCGGCGGCUACUUUAUCGCCCCAGCAGCAGCAGCAGAUGCAAGCAUUGCAACAGCAAACGCAGUCACAACAUACACAACAACAACAACAACAUCAGCCAACAGCACAGGACGGUGAGCGCAAGCGUGAAGAGUCAAUGAAACGCUUGCUAGAGUGGAAGCAGCGCAUGUUGCAGUCACCGUUGACGCGCAAGGGCAUGCAGCAAGGGGGCAAUAAUAUGUCCGCCAUGUCGAAGCUCGGCAGCAAUCCGAAUAUACUGCUCGCCUCGACGACGGUGGCGAGCGGCGCGCAUUAUGCCGCCUCCAAUGCAAGCGGCGGCGGCAACAGCAGCGGUAAUGCGGGUGGUGGUGUUGCGGCAGCUGGCGCUGUUGGUGGCAGUGGCGGUGGCGUCUCGGCGACUGUUGGUGGCGGUAGCUUAGUGGGUGGUAGCUUGGUCGGCGGAGUAGGUGGCAUUCAACGCAGUCGCUCAGAGGUGCAUGCGAACCUGGGCCCAGCUGGCUACAAUAGUUACUCAUCAGAUGACGAAGAAUGCCCAAAACCCCUGUCUGAUGGAGACAACACAAACGGCAGGCCCGCAGGAAGGUCCACCACCACUACCACCACCAUCACAACCACAAGUACUAUUACUACCUCUACUACUACUACCACUACCACUACUUUAAGUACCACUACAAAUGCCAGCACUGCUGCCAGUGCUGUUAGCCACCAAACCGCCACAACAAAAACAAAUGUUUCUGCAUUUGUUGGCCAAACAAUCGAGGCUAGUAAUAAAUGCAACAUAGCAACAAAGUCAACAAUUGCAUUUGCUGAAACAAAUACACACACUACAGUACCCACACCCAUACAUACGAACUCACUGUUACGCCCUACAAAGACUGCCAAAGCGUUGGCCGGGCAAUUGACACCGCAACGAAGUGACACGACCGACGCACAAAAAGCGACAGCGACAGCGACAGCGACAGAGACAGCGGCGUGCGAGAGCAACAAACCUAAUAAUAUUGCCGCCCCAAACGCAACAACGACAUCAUCAACAGCAUCUACAAAAGCACAUACUGGCUCAGUAGCACUCAAACCUAUACUCAAGUGCCAUGAUAGCAGCACUAAGACGACCGACACGGCGUAUGAGCAACAAGCAAUUACUAUGUCGCCAGUACAACGCGCCAAAUUGCAACUGAAUAUGGCGGCACUUAAGGCAAAAGCACCGACGACGAUGCGAGACGCAACAAUGGCUGAUAUGCCUGAUGAAGUGCCCAUACUGCCGAAGAAGCCGGCGCCGAAAUCACCGCAAAUUACCACUUACACACCCGUCUACACGACAAAGACGCUCACAGCGUCACCGCCGAAGACAUAUGAAAAUGUGGAAUUCAUUGCCAGCCGAGUAGUCGGGGAUGUUACAGCAGAUACCGAAGUGGCAAGUCAUACAUCAGCCAUCGAUGUGGAGGAAACCGUCGACGUUAAAGAUAAUUACACUGGUAAUGAUGCGACUCAGAUGACAGGCGGCGAUGCAAAGCUGCCGCUUCUCGUCAACCCUGUGACCGAAGCAGCGCCACCGAAGAGCAUAAAUGAGCAGGAGACACCAAUGUUGGCGCAAUUACGUGUUUAUCAAAGAAUACAAGAAGCUAAUUUAAAUGCGGAGAAGCCGAAAACAGAAGAAGUAAGUGAAGAGGGUGGGGCGGAAGAAAUUGUGAGAUCUCAGGUAACUCAAGCCAGCGCCGCGGAUGUUAUUGCUCAUGAGGCCAAAGAUGGAGCUGAAGAUGAUGACGAUACGCCUGGUGAGGAAUACACUGACGACGAUCUCGAUGAAGCUUUGGCAGAGGAGGUCGAUGAGGCAGAAGCUGGAAAUGAAUUGGCUGCCAAUGAAAAACAGAUGACGCAAAGCCGAGAUGAACUAACAGCAAAAACCGAAGCUCCUGCUCAAGAAACGCAUGAAUCGAAAAAACCAGCGGCGCCGGAAUUCAAACCGACAGUCACAGACGAACCCCGCACUCCAUUUAUGCCCACACUGAUGUUCGAUGAAAGCCACUACCUGCCCAUGACGCCGAAGAAGAGCGAUUUGGCGCAAAGCGGAAAUUUUACACUCAUCAGCACGCAUGACUCCACUGCGGCGGAUGAGAGCCCCUAUGUGGAAAUGUGCAAAAAUCUUAUAGACGAAGACUCCAAAUCCAACUAUGAGAUUAUGUGCAUAAAUCCUCAUGCUGGGCCAGCAUUAACAAGCGCUGCAAAGCUUAAACAGUCAGUAGAACAAUCCGAGCCUGUCUAUAUGGAAUUGUGUGGUGCCAACAGCGGCAUUGUCGAAGACAUAAGCAGCUCAGCCGCACCACAGUUCAACCCCAACCCAGCCCCGAUUCAGCCCCCGGCACCACCAUUAACCGCCGAUGAGCUGCAUAGCUCCUCUGGUAAAUCCACGCUGAAAAAGAGUAAAAAAUCCGCCGAUACACUAAAGAAGAAAGCGAAAAAGUCGACCACCGAACGCUCGCAAUGCAAGCGCAAAGAUCUGCCGGACAUACUCAAGCAAUCACAAGGCACAAUGACGCACGUGUCUGAUAGCUCCGAUGCCGACGAUGAGUCGACAAAGCACAGUGAUCUCAAGAAAAUGCGCUCGCGUACGCGCUUCAGCUUAUCGGACACCUUUCGACCAGCUUCCUAUUAUCUGGGUGCAUCCACGCCGCUUGCUGAUUGCGCAGAGAGUUCGGAUAGCGAGAUUGUAUCGCCGCCACCCAUACCAGCCUCACCGCCGCCGAUGGAAAACUUGAAAACAGAGGAGAUAUUCUCUUCCGAACACUACGAUACGGUGAAAAGACGCGACAGCAGCAGCGGAAGCGCCACGAAAAUCAACAUCUCGUACGAACAAAUACCAAAGCUGCAUGCAAGCAACACUUCGCUGAAUAGACAAAAGGCAGAAACAACUUUGAAGAGUAGUCGCUUGUCACUGCCCGAUCAGUUCUCGAAGCACCGCAGCUCCGGCCAUUUUAAAACGCCACACGCAAGUGCCCUUCUUAAACAUCACGAGCGCACUCUAUCCGACUCGAACUACAGCUUCCAAACUGACAACAGUUCGAACAACUCCUCCGACUUCGAUUUCUAUAAUAAACUCAAGCAGAACUCACCAUCGUACGUUGCCACGCCAGGUCGCUAUCAAUCCAACAGCUCCCUGCCGCAAAAGUUCGUACUGAAUGCCACAACGCCCGCUGGUGAUAGCAGCGAAACCGAUUCGGCAGUGGAGUUCCGACACCGCCAAGGAUCGGACUCCGAACUGGAACGACAAAGAUCACGCCGCCCACUUUCAGAAGAGUCCAUUAGUGAGAUUGAAUCAUUGCGGGAAAAAUUCGAGGAAACUUUAUCUCACGAUUUGGAUACCUACCUGAGCCAUUUGCAGUCGAACGACUUAUACCUCUAUCAGAACACAUUAUUGGACGCGCCGCUACGUAUUGGCUCAACAGAUUUACUAACGAAGCUUAUCAAACCACCAGAGAUAUUCCGCAACAAGGACGACGAGCAUUUUUAUGGUAACAUUCGCUUUGUUUCCUCCACAGAUUCGUUGCAGCGAUUAGGCGGCGAUAAUCGUGAGAACUCCGGAACGGUUGCGGGUGCAAGCUGCCAAACGCCCACCUCCAGCGGUCACGACCACGAUAACUCGAAAUACUACACGCCCUUGCACAGCCGGAACAACAGCAACAUCUCCGACAAAUCAGCGCCUUACUACUACUCCGAAUUGAACAGUAGCCGCGAGUUGCUCGCUACACCCACAGCACCACUGAACAAUCAGCGCGACGUGCACGCUCAUGGCUCGAAUAUAGCGCACAUUCACAAUCCCAUCGAAGGACAUGCCAUUUCUAAUAUAAAUGUGGACUUGCUAGCCGACAAGGAUCGGGCAAUCGACAGCAAAAAUUUGUACAAAAUGAAGACGAACAUCGAAAAAUUGAGCUACCGCUCCGGCAAAAUAUUGAAUGCCGCGGACAUUAUGCAACCCAGCACAUCGGCUGCUGCCGCCUUCGUCUCAUCCGCAUCAGCGGGAGUCUACGAUCACCAACGGCGGCAUGCGCAUGCCACCAAAUUGAGUAAUUUCCAACAGACUAACCUACUUCAUACGCACACUGAACUAACGCCAUCCAUUUCCAUGUCGCCAGCCAUCAAUCGCACGCCCAUAGCGUCAUCACAAACGCAUUCCCCCUAUCCUACAUACAGCGCUGCCAUUGGCGUUCACGUCGCCGGCGGCGGUGCCAUGAAAGUCACAAAUAUGCAACAACAGCAGCUUAGUCGUAGUAAUAUUGUCGGUGUAGUGGCUCAUCCGCGCCAUGUUAUUGCCGGUGAAGGUAGCGAUAUAGACAUGGUGGCGUCACUUGACAGCCAACCGCCCACUAACACUAACCUCAUAGCGGCACAAGCCGCCGAGCGCACGCAAACAAAUAACGCAACAAAAUUCUCAGUUCCAGGUGCAACAGUAACCGGUGAACUGCUGUGGGAGGAAGACACGCUGUGGCGCGAAAGUUUGCGACGCGUUUCCCAACGCCAUGCGCGCUCACUUGACGACCUCGAUCGCAUUGCGGCCAGCCCGACAGCGUUGAUGAGACGCGAACUGCAUGCGGCAGAUCGAACGACUAGCAAAACAAAGAUCACGCGUGACGUUACCUACGUCAAUGACAAUGUAUCACAUCAGAUGCGUGCCGCUUACAAACCGCGCUUGAGUGAGCCGCUCAGCCGCCCUGUGGCAAGGGGCCUGGGCGACAUGCCAACGCAUGCGGAUGAGGACGAUCGCCUCAAUGAAAAUGACGUGUACGUGCAGCUGUUGGCGGAUCACACACCAAGUGAUGAUCACAACUCGGAUGUGUAUGAGGUGCUGCGCGCCGACAGUGGUUCCAAUCUGUCGCACAAAUCGGCAGAGAUUGACCGCGAAACGAUACGCCAAUGGGACUCGAUGUCCAGCGGCUUGAUGAAGCAUUCGGGCAGUAAUAGCAACUCGGAGAAUGACAACCCAUGUGGCAGUGAGAGUCUGACGAGUGUUGGCAGCACAGUGCGCGCCAUUAUGGAGCAGCUGAAUGUAAGCUGCGACGACAGCGACAAUGUUGCGCAUACGCCCAGUGCCACCGAUGUCGAGUAAAGUGCCAAUUUAUCAAACAGACACCACAGAAAAAAAAAAAAAAAAUGUACAAAUUUUGCAAACAAUAGCUUAACUUUAGUGUAUAUAAAAGGUCAAAUGCCGGCUGUGCCGAAAUGACAGCGAACAAAAAAAUGCAUUCUGCAUUGUAAACCACCUGUUUUAUGCGAGCAACAGUUGCACAGUCAUACACCGAAUAUAAUGUAGGAAAUCUGUUGGCGGCGGCGGCUUUCAGCGAUUCUAUUGUUUACCUUGUUUGUCUGCUAAUUGCAUUUGCAUGUAUGCGAAACAAAUAAGACCAGCAUCAACAGUGGCUGAACAACGCAGACGAUUGUGUAAAUUUUGAAUGCAAAACCUUAACUAUUCGCGCACCGAAUUUUAUCGAAUUUAACCAAGGGCGAUAUUACACUUUUGUUGUUGAUUUCCCAGCGCGGUGCAAAUAACUUUGAAAACAAACCAACGCAGAGUGCUAAAACGACACACAAACUGAUAUUGCAAGCAAUUACAAGCUAACGGGCGCGCACACACACACACACACCCAUACAAAUUGUGGAAACCCAAACAAAUAUGAGUUUGUGUGUGCACCUGUCUAAAUUUAUUGAAUUUGCACAAUCAAUUGAAAACAACUACAAACAAAUGCACAUACUUUUACACCACCAGCCACGUAAAUAAGGACACACAGGCACACUUACAUACAUACAUGCAUACAUAUAGACAGUUACUGAAAGCACUAGACGACUGGCGCGGCGCGGCGCAACAGACACAGAGCAACAGCCGCACACUGCACGAACACUUUGAGAAAUAAAAAUAUUUUGUUGCCUGCAAUUUGCAAUUACAUAUUGUUAUUACUUUGUUGACUGUUGAUUGUUGUUGUUAUGGCUGUAUGAACAGUUUUAUUUUGUAAUGGUAACAAAUAUGCGAUAAUACAUAAAUGCAAAAAUGUUAUAAGAAAACGCGUCAAUUUCGGUGCGGAAUGUACGCAAUUUACCCAAAGGCAACCUCACCGUAAAACCAGAUCCUUCGGAUGCACACAAUCCUCUGC